AGAGAGAGAAGAGGAAGGGAGAGAAGAGGGGAAAGAAAGAGGAGGCUGACAUGUGGGGCCCACGUGGGCCCACGCUGACUCAGCAGCCACGUAGGACAAAAUCAGGAUGAAAACCGCCGAGGGAUCUACUGUGACUGGUUUUGUAUGUAUAGUUAAGGGAACUACGUGGUUUUGCAGUUCGAGGAUGUUUUUUAUUCCGAUGACAAGUUGAGGGACCUUUGGUGUACUUUUUCCUUAUUUCAUCCGAACGGAAUAUCGUCCUUAAGCAUUCCAAUUCGGCCCACGGGCCUCAAGGCUUCAACCCAUGACAAUUGACAACCGGACAGGUGUGGGCGUUGACUAGUCUUCUUUAGUUUUCCACCGGACAGGAGUAAUUGGCAAGAAGAAACAAAAGGGAAAAAAAGUGGCGGAAAAUUCAUUUUUGGGAGGGGAAAUGGCCACCGCAGAGGCGAAGCGCCGGCGCCACCACUCACCGCCGGCCUCCAUCGCCGCCGGCGGCGAUUCCUCCACCCCUACCUCGGCGGCGCCCGCCGACUCGUCGUCCCCGUCGCUGGAUCUCAUCCCCGACAUAGCCCGCCGCCUGACGUCCCUGGAGGAUUUCUUCUCCCUGCGCGCCUCCUGCCGCGCCUACCGCGCGCUCCUCCCGGCGUCGCGCCGCCUCCUCGCCUCGCAGUCCCCGCUCCUCCUCGUCUCCCUCUACCCCUCCUUCGCCGAGGCGCUCUUCCACCCGCGCCUCCGCCGCCUCCACCGCUUCCGCCUCCCAUGGGGGCACCACCUGCCCCCCUCGCGCUACACCCUCCUCUACGCCCACGGCUUCCUCGUCACCUCCACCACCGCCGCCAACAACUACCCGCCAAGGCUCCUCCUCCUCCGCCUCUUCACCGGCGAGCAGCUCCGCCUCCCCAGGGUCUUCGCGCCCUUCUCCCGCGUCAUCCUCACCGCGGACCUCCUCGUCGUCAUCUUCUUGCCCGGCCGGGCCACCGUCCAGCACUGCCGCCCCGGGGACGCGCUCUGGCGCGUUGCCUCCGCCCCUGCACCCCAUGUGUUCGACGAUUUGAUCUCUGUCAAUGGCACCCUCUACGCGCUGGUUGGCCUCCGUCUUGCCACGCUCCAGCUGUCGGAGAGUUCGCUGGAGCUGUCAUUUCUGGGAGGAGAGCAUGAUGACGCGAACAGGCCGGAGGGGGAUCGGUUCAUGCUCGGGGAGUGUGGAGGCGAGGUGUUGCUCAUCAGCGUGGAGCAUGAGGAGAGGGUUGUGUACCGCGUGUUCCGUUGGGCAUCUGAGAAAAGGAAGUGGGAGAUGAUCACCAACUUGGGCGGGCGGUCGCUGUUUCUUGGCUUGGAUGGAUUCGCAGCUUGCGUUGAUCAAGAUCAUCCAGGGGUUCGAGGGGAUUGCUUAUAUGCAGCUGGGCGACGCUUGGGUGAGUGGCAUGAGUAUUCCUUGGCUGAUGGAACCUGUGAUGUCUGCAAUGCUGACUAUCCAGGCGCGCCACCCCUGAACAACAGUUCACUGAUCAGACCAUCAGUUUGGAUCUUUCCCAGCUUGUGUUGAUGCAAGCCUGAGUAGGGUUCAUCCUAGAUCAAUGUUGAAGCCCUAUUGCUCAGUUGCUCACAUGAGAGAAAAGAAUGGUUGCAUCACUGGCUUUCAGGUGUUCUCUUUCUUCUGACAUGUUGCUACUUGCUUGCAAAUGGAUCGCUGAAUACCAACCGUCCAUUCUGGAUUCUGCCACUUGCAGUUCUUGCUGAUAGCCUUGCAGUUCUUUCUCUGUGUAGCUCUUUUGUUGAUGUCUGAAUUCUGAUGCUUCAAAAAUUCAGAAAUGCAGUAAUAAACAGUAGUAGUAGCACUAUUUAUUUA